GGAGCAGGCGCGCGGCCCGGGCGGGGGAGCGCGGACUCUGGAGCAGCCGGAGCUGGAGGAGGAGGAGGAGGAGAGGCGGCGCGGACGCAGGAGGCGGGGGAGAGCCGCUCCCGCCCGGCGAGCAUGGGGCGCCCGGCGCCGAGGCCGCUGCUGCUGGCGCUCCUGGGGCUGGCGCUCUGUCGGGGGCGUGUGGUGAGGGUGCCCUCGGGGAGCCUGGUGCGGGUGGUGGGCACCGAGCUCGUCAUCCCCUGCAACGUGAGCGACUAUGACGGUCCCCCCGAGCAGAACUUCGACUGGAGCUUCUCGUCUUCGGGUAGCGGCUUCGUGGAGCUGGCCAGCACCUGGGAGGCGGGCUUCCCGGCCCAACCGUACCGGGAGCGCCUGCAGCGGGGCGACAUCCUGCUCCGGAGGACGGCCAACGACGCCGUGGAGCUGCACAUCAGGAACGUCCAGCCCUCAGACCAGGGCCACUACAAGUGCUCCACCCCCAGCACCGAUGCCACUGUCCAGGGCAACUACGAGGAUACAGUGCAGGUUAAAGUGCUGGCCGACGCCCUGCACGUGGGGGCCGGCGCGCCGCCCGCCUCGGGCCUGAGCCUGCGCCUGGGCGAGCCCUUUGAGCUGCGCUGCGCAGCGUCCACGGCGUCGCCGCUGCACACGCACCUGGCGCUGCUGUGGGAGCUGCAGCGGGGCCCGACGCGGCGGAGCGUGCUGGGCCUGAGCCACGACGGCCGCUUCCGCCCGGGGCCCGGCUACGAGCAGCGCUACCGCGUGGGCGACGUGCGCCUGGACACCGUGGGCGCCGACGGCUACCGCCUGUCCGUGGCCCGCGCCCUGGCCGCCGACCAGGGCUCCUACAGGUGCGUGGUGAGCGAGUGGAUCGGCGAGCAGGGCGGCUGGCAGGAGAUUCAGGAGAAAGCCGUGGACGUGGCCACCGUGCUGAUCCAGCCCACAGUUCUGCGAGCGACCGUGGCCCGGAACGUGUCUGUGGCAGAAGGGAAGGAGCUGGGCCUGAGCUGCAACAUCACCACGGACCGAACAGAUGACGUCCGGCCCGAGGUGACGUGGUACUUCAGCAGGACGCCUGACAGCACUCUGCCUGGCUCCCUCGUGCUGGCGAGGCUGGACCGGGACUCCCUCGUGCACAGCUCCCCCCAUGUGGCCUUGAGUCACGUGGACGCACGGUCCUACCAUUUACUGGUUCGGGACGUUAGCAAAGAAAACUCCGGCUACUAUUUCUGCCAUGUGGCGCUCUGGGCACCCGGACACAACAGGAGCUGGCACAAGGUGGCAGAGGCCAGGUCUGCCCCGGCCAGCGUGGACGUGACCUGGCUAGAACUGGACUAUCAGGUGUACCUGAAUGCUUCUAAGGUCCCCGAGUUUUCGGACGACCUCACGGAGCUGGAGUGCCGCAUCGUGGACGUGAAGGGUUCUGAGGCCAGCGUCCGCUUCACGGUGUCCUGGUACUACAGGCUCAGCCGGCGCAGUGAUGACCUGGUGGCCAGCGAGCUGCUUGCGGUCAUGAAUGGGGACUGGACCCUGAGGUACGGAGACAGGAGCCGGCAGCGUGCUCAGGACGGAGACUUUAUAUUUUCUAAGGAGCGUGCGGACACAUUCAGUUUCCGAAUCCAAAGGACCACGGAGGAGGACAGAGGCAAUUACUACUGUGUGGUGUCCGCAUGGACCAAGCAGCGAAACGACAGCUGGGUGAAGAGCAAGGAUGUCUUCUCCAAACCCGUCAACAUAUUCUGGGCAUCAGAAGAUUCCGUGCUUGUGGUGAAGGCCAGGCAGCCAAAGCCUUUCUUUGCUGCGGGAAACACAUUUGAGAUGACUUGCAAAGUAUCUUCCAAGAAUAUUAAGUCGCCGCGCUACUCGGUUCUCAUCACUGCCGAGAAGCCCGUGGGGGACCUCUCGAGCCCCAACGAAACCAAGUACAUCAUCUCCCUGGACCAAGAUUCUGUGGUGAAGCUGGAGAAUUGGACAGAUGCCUCGCGGGUGGACGGCGUGGUGUUGGAGAAAGUGCAGGAAGACGAAUUUCGCUAUCGAAUGUACCAGACGCAGGUCUCGGACGCGGGGCUGUACCGUUGCGUGGUGACAGCCUGGUCUCCUGUCAGGGGCAGCCUGUGGCGAGAAGCGGCAACCAGUCUCUCCAAUCCUAUCGAGAUUGACUUCCAGACUGCAGGCCCUGUAUUCAAUGCCUCCGUGCACUCAGACACACCGUCGGUCAUCCGGGGAGAGCUCAUCAAACUGUUUUGCAUCAUCGCAGUCGAAGGAGGAGCCCUGGAUCCAGAUGACAUGGCCUUUGAUGUGACCUGGUUUGCGGUACACUCCUUCGGCCUGGACAAGGCUCCCGCCCUCCUGUCCUCUCUGGAUCGCAAGGGGAUCGUGACCACGGCCGAGAGAGACUGGAAGAGCGAGCUCAGCCUGGAGCGCGUGGGCGUGCUCGAAUUCCUGCUGCAAGUCCACAGCUCCGAGGACCAGGACUUCGGCAACUACUACUGCUCCGUGACCCCGUGGGUGAAGUCCCCAACCGGCUCCUGGCAGAAGGAGGCAGAGAUCUACUCCAAGCCCAUCUUUGUCACCGUGAAGAUGGAUGUACUGAACGCCUUCAAGUACCCGCUGCUGAUCGGCGUGGGCCUGUCCACCGUCAUCGGGCUCCUGUCCUGCCUCAUUGGGUACUGUAGCUCCCACUGGUGCUGUAAGAAGGAGGUCCAGGAGACAAGGCGUGAGCGCCGCCGGCUCAUGUCCAUGGAGAUGGACUAGGCCACGCCGGGGGAGCUGCGCCAGGGGCCGGUCUGGCAGCGACUUGGCCGGGAAGAGGACCGCCAUCUUUUAACGCGAAGCGUGUUACCCUAAAAACCAGUCCUCUCUAAUCUCAGGUGGGACCUGGCGCUCUGUCUUCUCUGCAUGUCACGUUCUGAGCGCAGACAUGUUUACCAGCACACGGCCUCUCUUCCCACGGCACUUUCCGGUAGAACAAUUGCGUGCGUGUGUUCCCAGCUGCGGCUUUUUAAUGGUUACCCAUUGUCUAAUUUUUUUCCUCCUUCUCCCGGUUUAUGGCUCUGACCCGCGUGUGUUCGUGUGUUUGGUUGCGAGGGGAUGCGGUGAGCAAGGACGGUGGCUCCCAGAGUUCUUUGUCUGGGGUGAGGACGGAGCUGCCCCGGCCCGGCAACAACACGGAUUCGUGCCGCUGUUGCUCUUUGUGGCUUCGACCACCCUACCCACCCCGUGUUUUCAGGGGUUUAGACAUUUGAAACCUAAACUUGCAGUAUGUAACUUCUUACUGAGCCCAGAUGCUUUUCUUUUUCUUUUUCUUCUGUUUUCUCUUUUGCUUCUCUGCCCCGCCCCCCUUCCAUUUCUUUUGUAUUUGCUUUCUGUGAGCGUGCUGAGAUGGCCCUGAAAUCUCGAAUUCGGCUCUCCACCAAGCACCUUAUCUCGCCACCUUAGCCUUAAGAAUGAAUAUGAAGAAAAAUACACAGCCACCUCUGUCCAGGGCGGUCAGGAGGUCCUCGAGCAAGAGGAGGUUGGGGACAGGGAAGGAGCAGGCGCUCACUCCAGGGGUUCUGAGGUCGCUGUGCCUCAGGGGGCCCCAGGGAGAGCAGAAAAGGGUCCUGAGGCUCAGUGGUCCCGGGCUUGGGGCUAGGAGGCCGGGGUGCCGGGGCUGUGUCCAGAGGAAGAAGCCGCCUCCAUCCCCCUCCUGUGCCCUUAGUGGGAGGCAAAGGUCUUGGCCACCGAGGGGCACCCGCACAUACCCCACGUCCUUCGUGGCUGCUUGGGUUCCUUAAUGUGAAGGCGUAUUGCUGCUUGCAAGACUGACUGACUGACUUCACAGAAUCUGAAAUUGCCUGGAAGAGCCAUGCAUUUUCCAUGACCUUUUCAGUCCUUCAAGUCUCCGUCAGAUUCCCCUGCAGGGGGUUAGCGAGCAAGGGUACGCUCUGCGGCAUGUUUACUUCCUGUUAGGAGCACGAAGGAAACCAGCAAUUUACUGCCGUGUGCACAGCCUACAAAGUAGAUCCGAGAGCGAGCAGUCGUGCCUGAUGGCUCGUUCCCGGAGUAGGACACGGACCACAAGAGACCCUCUGCUCCCCAAGGCGUCUGCCCCUGCCUAGCACUGGCCUUCCAGAAGCGUCCCAGUGGGUUUUCUGAGGCUCACUGGUGAGUCGUGCCCUGCAUUGAGAUCCUGCGCGCUUUUACCCCAGCUCUGACGGACCUCACACUGCUCUGUCUUCCGAAGGGAAAAAAUCUUCGUUUGUUUUGAGCAAUAAAGUCAUACAAAACGAUGGCCAUUCAUGUGCGGCUCUUUGUCACAAGGGGCCAGACGAGCCACACUCCCCCCACCCACCCCCGCCCACCGGCUCACCAUCAUCCCCUCCACUUCCCGCCCUGUGCUGCCCGUACUCCACUCUUCCUUUGUCACUGAGUCACCCCAAGAGGCAGAUUGUCACCCUGCUUCCCUUUGUCCCGCCCACCUAGGGGACCACUCCUGGUAGAUGCCAUGCUAACGGCAGCAGCACAGAUGAGUUCCGAGUCCGGCACCUGCCCCACCAGAGCAUGGGUGACCAUAGGACGAGGCCUGGAUGGCUCUAGAUGGGGGUCUUUUCUACCAGUCGUUUCUUAACUCUGAAGCUGUUUCAGAGGAGGUGGGUCCCAGAUGACUGUGUAUACAGGAACAAAAGAGCGAACACACUCACAGGUGCUGUAUUAGUGACAACAGUACCCUUUGAGCCCACACAGUCAUCACCUUGAAAAGAAAGUUGAGGAUUGUGGUAGUGCAGGCCCUUCUUGGUAGAGGAAAGGACACUUUGCCGUGAGCAUGGCCGGGUGGCCCCGGCUAUACGUAAAGGCAUGGAUGGGGCACACCAGAUGCGUGGAGGUAGGGAAAGUGCCAGGUGCUCACCCACUAUACCUUCUCCUCCCAAACUGCCGCUGUAGCUCGAGGCUGGGGUUGCUAAGCCAUUGACCCCAACCCCACCCUGUGAUCGUGGGGCCGGCCACACUGCCUGUCGCCCAGGGGCCGGUACGGAGGAGGAAGAAGUCCCAGGGUGUCGUGCUAGGGACUGCACUCCAUCCAGAGGCAGAAAGUGGCCUGGAAUGUGUGUUCUUUUAAAAGUGUGAGAUACACUCUCUUGCUGUACCAAAUAGGGCUCCCCCCCAAAGUGCUUUUCUGGAAGGGGGUUCCUGCCAGAAGCGCUGGUGUGAACAGAAGUACAACCUAGCCACAGUUCACACGGAUGAAAUUGCACUUCUUAACGAAAAACUUUAUAUACAGUUUGGGUUUGUUUUUUGGUUUUUUUUUUUUUUUUUUUUCCCUGAGCAUAAAAAUAUCUCCCAGAAAGAGCCUAAGCUACAUCCCGAUAGAAGCCUCGAAAUUACUUUCAGUUGUUUACUUUAUAAUGUUUACAUAACAUUCUUCACUUUUUUAAAAAAGAAAAGAAAUGCAAACUCUGACUUUUUAACAGCGUUUCCGAUUUUUCACGGUGGAACUCUGACUCAGCAACUGGAUUUAAAUAUUAAUUGAGAAAUGUAUUUAUUUGCGUGUUUCCCUCCCUGCCCACGUGGCUUUCCCCUAAGAUCCUGGGAAAGGACCCCCCCCCCCCCAGACCCUUGUCCGCGUCCCCCGGUGGCUCUUGCUUCUUGCUUUGCAAACUGCUGCAGCCAUGAUGUUGUCCCUGACAUCUGUGAGCCAAAGACUGAGCCUUUUGGGCAGGAAUACUAAGCAAUACUACACAACUUGCUACUUUCAGAAAACUUUUCUUUUUUUAGCUUCACCGAUGGCAACAGAGGAAGAAGGGAUCGAGGAUUUCGGUAAGUUCUUCUCUGCUGUUCGACCAAAUUCUCGACAACAGACAUUGUGCGCAGAUCACUAGGAGGAAACAACAAAAAAGUUGACUUUCUGUCUUUAUUAGCGUUGCGCAUCAGGGUCUGCCAGAUUUCACGUAGACAAAGAAAGGGUCUUGUGUAUUUUUGUCCAUCUCUGAUGUUACAUGAACUAAUUGUAUUGUUUUAUACUGUGACCACAGAUAUUAUGCAAUGCACCGUUUGUUUUUUCAUUAAAGGAAGUUUAAUUUAAA